AUGUUGUUGCGCCUACAGCCGUACAGCCUUACAAUCAAGUACCGUCAAGGAGCAGAUAUGGAAAUCGCAGAUGUCUUGUCAAGACUUUCGCUCCAGGAAACAGAGCCCAUCUCUGACAUGGAUCCGGAGAUUAAAGAAUUAAAUGAUGUGGUUUACAAUGGAUGGCCAACGAACAUAAAGCAGGUCCAAGAAAUCCUCAAACCCUAUUGGACAUUUCGUGAUGAGAUCACCACAGAAGAUGGUAAGGCAAUGAAUCGAAAGACCAAUGUAUUAUCAUCCCCCAUAGCAUGCAGAACAUGAUACUUACGAAGCUUCAGGCAGGUCAUCAAGGGUUCGAAUCAAAACUAAAUUAAGAGCCCGAACAUCGGUUUACUAGAGAGGAAUGAACAGUGACAUUGAGAAGUCGUGCAAAUCGUGCAAUACAUGUCAAGAAAUGCAGAGCAUCAAACACAAAGAGCCACUUAUCCAGACAGAGAUACCGCCAGGUCCAUGACAUACCAUCGGCAUGGACUUAUUUUACCUAGACGGCGCGGAAUACUUAUUGAUCGCUGACUACUACUCAACAUACCAGUUCGUGCGAGAAGUACCAAAAGGGAAGAGCAGCAGUAGGACAAUCGCGAAUUUAACGAAAGAAACUUUUAGCGAACAAGGAAUACCCAAAAUCGUAAGAUCCGAUAAUGGGCCCCACUUUGAAGGACAAGCAUAUAAAGAGUUCGCAAAGCAAUAUCGUUUCCAACAUAUCACAAGCUCGCCACACUACCCCAGAAGCAACGGAUUUAUUGAGAGCUAA